UUUCCAAGGCAAACCGAUCGCGCAAGAUGGAAGCCCUGAUCUUGUUGGUGCUGGGCCUGCGUUUGGUGAUGGCAAUGGAGACUGGGCACUGGUGUGAACACACCGUAGAGGAACAGGUGGAGAGGAUCAUCUCUCCCCGUCAGCAACAUGAAGUGGACUGCUCCACCGUAUUUCAGUUCAACCUGCAGGGCUGGAAGCUGGACGUGGACAGAAUGCGGCACGAGUUCGGGGGGGAUGACGGCAUUGCACAGUAUUACAAAAAACAGGGUCCUAGGGCAUCUUGCUACAUGUACAAGCCGGAGGUGCUGGAGAGGCAGCCUGUGAACCAUACCGUGCGGGGGUGCUGUGAAGGCUGGGUCGGGUCGCGCUGCUCACAGGGGAUGAGCCCAAGAGGAAUGUGUUACUCGACGUGGAGCUGUGAGGAUUUCCCUGGGGUGCACAACUCCUCCUUAAUGCCCCUGGAACAGUGCUGCAGCAGCCUGUGGGGCCUCAGCUGGAGAAAUGCCUCGGACCACACCUGCCUUUCAUGUGCAUACACACUGCUGCCUGGUUUCCAGUCCUACCCUCGGCUUCGUGGGGGGGCCCUAGGGGGGCUCUGGGACACACAGGGCUCUGGGACAUGCCUUGCCUGGGGCGGAGCACACUACCGUACCUUCGACCGCAAGCACUUUCACUUCCAGGGCAGCUGCACCUACAUCCUGGCCUCAUCCAUUGAGGGAACGUGGGCCGUGUAUAUCAGCAGUGUCUGUGACGGCCAAGGGCGCUGCGACAAGGCCUUGCGGAUGAUGUUGGGGUUAGACCUGGUGUCAAUCCAUCAGAGAAAUGUCACACUCAAUGGCUUGUUGGUCCCUCAGAACAAGGCCCUCUUUAGGGGUGGGGUGAGCAUUCAUUGGAUGGGAGACUUUGUUUUUGUGGAGAGCGGCAUGGGGGUUCGGGUGAAGUUCGACAUGGGAAACACCGUCCAUCUGACCGUCACUGCAGAACACCUCACUGCCACUAGGGGGCUUUGUGGAAUCUUCAACAACAAAGCUGACGAUGAUUUCACCACCGUGUCAGGCACCGUGACCCAGUACGCUGCCAGCUUCGGGAACUCGUGGCGUGUGCCAGAUGAACAGUCCGAGGGAUGCAGCGAUGCGGCUGAGCUUGGCCAUAGCUGUGACAUCGUCGGGGACGCUGACCUGCGGCGGGAGGCCGAGGCCGUGUGUCACAGGCUGCUGGCGAGUCCCUUCACACAGUGUCACCAGCAGGUGGACCCAGCGCCUUACGCGGACGCUUGCCUGUUCCUGCGGUGCAGCCUGAGGGGGGCAGAGCGGGAUGAGGGGAGCUGCGACACCCUGGCCAGCUACGCCCGCGAAUGCGCCCAGCAGCAUGUCAGCCUCAGCUGGAGGGGUGCCAGACUUUGCGAAAGGAAGUGCCCCCAGGGGCAGGUAUUCUCUGACUGCGUGUCGUCCUGCCCCCCCAGCUGCUCCUCCCCACUGCCCCCCAUGUCUGGCCAGUGCAAGGAGGAGUGUGUGAGUGGUUGCGAGUGCCCCCCUGGUCUAUAUCUCCACCAGGGUGCCUGCUUGCCCCGAGAACAGUGCCCCUGUUUCCACCGCCGCCGUACCUACCGACCAGGCGAUGCCAUCCGGCAGAGGUGCAACACCUGUGAGUGCAGUGCAGGGCACUGGCAGUGCUCCAGUGAAAAGUGCGCUGCGCAGUGUACCCUGCUGGGGGCGCUGCAAGUCACCACCUUCGACGGGAAGCGGUACAGCGUGCUGACCGGCGACUGCGGCUUCACCGCGGUGGAGGACUUUGUGGACCAUAAGCUUCUGGUGACUGUCCAGGCUGGGCCGUGUGCCUCAGGAGCGGGGCAGGGGUGCCUGAGGGAGAUGGCCGUUACUGUGCUCCGUACCUCUGUGACCGUCUCUGAUUCCGGUGCAGUAACCGUGAACGGCCAGAGGAUGGCGCUCCCUGUGGUGAUGUCAGACCUGACUGUGCGGCGCGCCUCCUCCUCCUUCAUCGCGGUCCAGACAUUUGGCGCACAGUUACUGUGGCACCUGGAAGGACCCUAUGCCCUUGUCACACUGCAGCCGGGAUUCGCCCACAAGGUGAGAGGGCUGUGCGGAACCUUGACGUGGAGUCAGCACGACGACUUCACCACCCCAGAGGGCGACAUAGAAAGCGGCGUCAGCUCCUUCGCCAGCAAGAUGACCCUGGGCGGCUGCAUGCCCCCCUUGGGGGUGUCACCCGACCCCUGUGUCACCUACCCCCAGAAGAGGCAGCAGGCGGGGAGUGUUUGUGGCAUCAUCCAGAGUGGCGUGUUUCAGCCGUGUCACGAUGUGGUGGAGCGGGACCCCUACAUACGCCUGUGUCACGCGAAGGUGUGUGGCUGUGCGCCGCAGAGCCAGUGUCACUGCACAGUCCUCGUCGCCUAUGCCCGGCACUGCGCCCAGGAGGGGGUGCUUGUAAACUGGAGGAAUUCCACCUUCUGCCCCGUUCAGUGCUCGGGGGGGCAGGUGUACCAGGAAUGCGGCCGUCCAUGUGGGGGCUCCUGCGCAGACCUCCAACAAGGCUGGAGCUGCCAGGGGGAGGCGCCCAGCUGUGUACCAGGCUGUCAGUGUCCUUCGGAGCUGGUACAGGAUGAUCAUGGACAAUGUGUGCCUGCUGCCUUGUGCCCCUGCGUGUAUGGGGACAGGGUCUACCAGCCUGGCAGUACCAUCCAGAACAACUGCAACACCUGUGUAUGUGAAAGGGGUGUGUGGAACUGCACCGAGGAGCCCUGUCCGGCCCUGACGGCAUGCCCCCCCGGCCUGGAGUACUCCCCCCAGUCCUGCCUACGCACCUGCUCCAGCCUGGAUGCACACCCAGAGCCCUGCCCAGAGCCCAUCCAGGGCUGUGUCUGCCCUGCCGACACCGUGCUGCUGGGCGACCGCUGCGUGCCCUCGUCAGAGUGUCCGUGCCACCACAACGGCAGGCUGUACUACAGCAACGACACCAUCACCAGAGACUGCAACACAUGUGUAUGCCGGGGGCGGCAUUGGCACUGCGGCCAUGCCCUCUGCGCGGGGACCUGCCUUGCCACGGGCGACCCGCACUAUGUGACGUUCGACGGGCGCACCUUCACCUUCCUGGGUGACUGCGAGUAUGUGCUGGCACGGGAGGUGGGGGGCCACUUCAGCAUCACCGCCGAGAACAUGCCAUGCGGCAGCACCGGCGUCACCUGCACCAAGUCCGUCACCUUCACGGUGGGCGGCAUCGCCGUGCAUCUGCUGCGAGGAAAAGCGGUGUCUGUGAACGGCAUGCCUGUGGCCCUGCCCAAAGCGUAUUCGGGCAGCGGGCUGCAUCUGGAGCAGAUCGGCCUCUUCGUGUCCCUCUCGUCCCGAUUUGGAAUCACCGUGCUGUGGGAUGGAGGGAUGCGGGUGUACAUUCGCCUCUCUCCCAAGUUCCGAGGAAGAGUUGCAGGGCUAUGUGGAAAUUUUGACGGGGAUGCUGAGAAUGACUUCACCACGCGUCAGGGCAUUAUCGAGUCCACAGCCGAGCUCUUCGGGAAUUCCUGGAAAGUCAACCCCACCUGUCCCGACGUCCAAAGCCAGGAUCUCCGUGACCCGUGCACCGAAAAUCCGCACCGGGUGCCGUGGGCACGGAGGCGCUGUGCUGUGAUCACACAGGAGCUUUUUGCUCCAUGCCAUGCUGAGGUGGCCUUCCAGCUGUUCUAUGACUGGUGUGUCUUCGAUGCCUGCGGUUGUGACUCUGGCGGGGACUGUGAGUGCCUGUGUACUGCCGUCGCUGCUUACGCUGAGGAAUGUAACCGCCGGGGGAUCUACAUCCACUGGAGGUCCCAGGAACUCUGCCCCCUGCAGUGUGAGAAUGGCCUGGUGUACAAGUCUUGUGGCCCAGCUUGCAAACUAAUGUGCCCCAGCAGUAUACAUAACCCCGACUCCCCAUGCAGUGCCCUCUCCUGUGUGGAGGGCUGCUUCUGCGAGUCUGGGACUGUCUGGCAUGGUGAUGGAUGUAUUACACCUUUGUCCUGCCCCUGUGAGUGGGAAGGCUCUCUGUUUCCUCCUGGGUCCUAUAUGGAUCAGGACUGCCAGAAUUGCUCAUGCCAGGCAGGGAGUUGGCACUGUGAGGGGUCUUCCUGUAUCCCAGAAUCCCCGUGCCUGGAGUCCGAGUUCCAGUGCGUGGGGGGACGUUGUAUUCCAGCUCAGUGGAGGUGUGACAAUGAGGACGAUUGCGGGGAUGGUUCAGACGAGCUCUGCCCCUCCACCUGCGCUCCUGGUCAGCUCCACUGCAGCAGUGGCCGCUGCCUCGACCGAGCCCUGUGGUGCGAUGGUCACCCUGACUGCGCCGACCAGUCGGAUGAGGAGUUCUGCGCUCCUGUGCAGCCGGUGCCCUUGUGCCCCCCUGGGGAAUUCCAGUGUUCCAGUGGCCUCUGCCUGCCCACCAGCAAGCUGUGUGACGGCCGUUCUGACUGCGGCUUCGCCGAUGACUCUGAUGAGCAAGACUGUGGCGCCACGUGCGGAGCCGGAGAGUUUCGCUGUGUGGGAGGCCGCUGCUUGGCAUACAUCCACCGGUGCGACGGGCAUGAUGACUGCGGCGACCUGAGCGAUGAACGUGGCUGUGUAUGUGCAGCAGGAGAGUUACAAUGCCCAGGUGACCAGUGUGUGCCCACUGAGAGGGUGUGUGAUGGCGUGCCGGACUGCCCCUCUGGCACAGACGAGGCUGUGUGCCCGCCAGGAGGAUGUGGGCACCAUGAGUUUCGCUGCAUUGAUGGACACUGCGUGCCGUUGGCCUGGCGCUGCGACGGGGAGACCGACUGCCCUGGCGGUGAGGACGAACAGACCUGCCAGGGGCCCUGUGGCCCCGGCCAGUUCCCCUGCCGUGCCGGAGGCCAGUGCAUCGAACACCAGCAACUGUGUGAUGGCUCGCCCCACUGCCGGGACGGCUCUGACGAGAGCGAAGACAACUGUGACCAGAGAACCACUUCGCCUCCGGUCUCUAGAAACACUAGCAAGUCAUGCCCAGAGUACACUUGCCUUGAUGGCACCUGUAUCAUCUUCAAAGAGGUAUGCAACGGUAUCCCAGAAUGCCCUGAAAGCACAACCGGAUUGGAGGGAGGCCCAUCAGAUGAACGGGGUUGCCGGACCUGGGGCCCCUGGGGACCUUGGAGCCCCUGCAGCCGCUCCUGUGGGUCUGGGUCGCAGAUCCGACAGCGACAGUGCCCCCUGGGGGAUCCUCUGCGCCACUGUAGGGGAGAGGACACCCAGAAACAAAGUUGUUUUUCCGUCUCCUGUCCAGUUGAUGGAGAGUGGUUGCCAUGGGUAACAUGGUCGAAUUGCACUAAGGGAUGUGGAGGUGUCGAAGUGCGUCAUAGGGGGUGUGUCCCACCUCAGAAUGGGGGCAAGGCCUGCACAGAGCUGCCCGGACAGCCCACCAUCGCCAUGGAGAUCAAACCCUGUCCCCAAGACAAGUGCUCCAAUGUCUCCUGCCCUGAGGGCCUCGUCCGAUGGAAGUGUGCCCCCUGUCCCCUGACCUGUGCCCACCUGAGCAACGAGGGCUCCUGCGAGAGUCAGCCUCCUGGCUGCCUUUCAGGAUGCUGGUGUCCCGAGGGCCAAGUGAUGAGCCACACGCAGCAGUGUGUAAGGCCAGAGGAGUGCAUCUGCGAGGUGUCCGGUGUGCGCUACUGGCCUGGGCAGCAGGUCAAGGUGGGCUGUGACAUCUGUACCUGUGCCAAAGGAAGACCCCAACACUGCAAGCCUAACCCAGAGUGUUCAGUGCACUGUGGGUGGUCCGCCUGGUCGCCGUGGGGCGAGUGCCUGGGCCCCUGUGGUGUGCAAAGCGUGCAGUGGUCCUUCCGCAGCCCUAAUAACCCCAGCAAGCAUGGCAACGGACGGCACUGCCGGGGCAUCUACCGCAAGGCCCGCCGCUGCCAGACCGGGCCCUGCAGGGAAUGCGAGUUCCAGGGCCGCAGCCAUGCCGUCCAGGACCAGUGGAAGCUGGGACAGUGCCAGCUGUGUCAAUGCCUGCCCAACCUGACCGUGCAGUGCGCCCCCUACUGCCCACACGAUGCAGGCUGCCCCCAGGGACAGACUCUCAUUCCCAGAGAUGGGGAGAGAUGCUGCUAUUGUAAGGAGACUGGCAGUAAUGGCACAGUGACUUCACCACCUAAAACUGUUACUCUUCCUGUCGACACUGUGUCCUCCAUGCCACCAGAGGGCCCUCCAGCUCUGGUUCCUACAUACCCUCUCCCAACUGGAGAGGAAUGCUGGGCCCCUCUUGGAGUGCAAGAUCUCCCGGUUUCCAGUUUCAGUGCGUCUUCACACCAGGACAGCUGGCCCCCUUGGGCGGGUCGGCUGGAUGUGCGGAACCCCCGCAGCGACCUGCAGGGCUGGAGCCCAGAGCCGGAGAAGUACCGUGCGCUGCCCCGCUGGACCCCUGAGGGUGGCUACAGUGACCGUGGGGAUGGUGGCGUGAAGCCUCUGUACCUACAGCUGGACCUCCUGAAGCCUCGGAACAUCACGGGUAUUAUAACCCAGGGAGGGGGCGCAUUUGAUGCCUAUGUGUCGAGCUUCUACCUGCAGUUCAGCAAUGAUGGUCAGCAAUGGUUCACCUAUCAGGAACUGAUCACUGAUGCCCGUGCCCGAGCAAAGGUGUUCCUCGGUAACCGUGACGAUAGCAGCAAGGCCCGGGUGCAGCUAGACAGAAUGGUGUCCUCCCGGUUUGUCCGUGUGCUGCCUCAUGACUUCCAGAACGGCAUAUACCUGAGGGUGGAGCUGUUGGGCUGUGCGACAGAGUUCCAGCCCCCUCUGACAUCACCAAGCCCCCGGCCUUGCCCAGAUGGACAGUUCUCUUGCCCGACACUAGGACCUUGUGUUGGGGUGGCUCAACUCUGCAACGGAGUUCCUGAUUGUCCGGAUGCAGCUGAUGAAUGGGGAUGCUUCCCUCAAGACAAGAUGACCACCCCAGGCCCAGGAGUGGAGAGACCCCUGAGUAAUGGAAGUGAUACCUACAUCACAUCCACCCCCUCCUCUCUCAGGACACCUCAAAUGGCCUCCGUCACUCUGCCGACACCCGGAAUAGAAGGCCCAACAUACAGAGGGCCGUGCUCCUCGCCCCUGGGCAUGGAGGAUGGCCGCAUCAGAUACGGCCAGCUGACCUCCUCUACCCACUGGGAGGACAACCCCGCGGACGCCGGCCGACUCAACGUCGUGCCCAACGUUCUCAUCAUGGAGCCUGGGUGGAGCCCCCGACCAGACGACCCCCAGCCAUACCUGCAGGUGGACUUCCUGGAGCCUGCCUGGGUGUCAGGGGUGGUGACGCAGGGCAGCGAGCUCGGGACGGGGGGCUACCUCAGCAAAUACCGCCUGGCAUUCAGCCUGGAUGGCAGCCACUUCACCGACUACAAGGAAAACACAGAGAAGGGCCCUCAAAUCAAGGUGUUCGAGGUCCGCAUGGUGGGCAGGAGGCCGGUGACUCGCUGGCUGACCCAGCUGAUCCAGGCCCGCUACCUCCGCAUCAUCCCCGUGGAAUUCCGCCACACCUUCUACCUGCGGGCCGAGAUCCUGGGCUGCAGAGAUCUUGAGCUGGUUACUCCAGGGGGAGGCGCUGUUAUAAAGGGGCUGUGCACGGGGGGGGAGUUUCCCUGUGGCAGCGGAGGCUGUGUUCCACUGGCCGCGCUCUGUGAUGGACGGCCGGACUGCCGGGAUCGUUCAGACGAACUCAACUGUGGUACUACGGGAGCGCCAGGUGUCUGGAACCGGUCCAGUCCCACAGGAGGGCCAGAUCUGGGCCGUAUCUCCACGCCGCCGCCGGCGGAGAGUCUCUCGCCUCCCUCCGGAACCCCUGGCCCCCCUGCUCCCCCUUCAGACGAAGGGCUUCCCAGAGUCCUGUGCACCGAAGGCCAGUUUGCCUGCCGUGCUUUCGGUUGUGUGGACGCCGCGCUCAUCUGCGACGGCCGGGAUAACUGCCCCGACGGCUCCGACGAAGACCAGUGUGGUGGUCCAUCCCCGACUCCUGGACUUGUGGUGACAACAGGGCGCCCCCUAGUGCCGAGUCCUUGCUCUCCGAAACAGUUCUCCUGCGGCAGUGGGGAGUGCAUUCACCUGGACCGGCGGUGUGACCUGAGGGUGGACUGUCUCGAUGGCUCAGACGAGAGGAGCUGUGUGGACUGCAUCCUGUCCCCCUGGACGCAGUGGAGCCAGUGCAGUGCCUCCUGUGGGCUGGGGUCCCUCUUUCGGCAGCGGGAGAUCCUGCGUCAGGCCCGGCCCGGCGGGGAGUGCGGGGGAGCACUUUUCGACAGCCGGGCGUGUUUCAAUCGCGCCUGCCCUGUGGACGGUCAGUGGGCGGAGUGGAGCAGCUGGUCACAGUGUAAUGCCCCCUGUGGUGGAGGCCUGCGGACAAGGAACCGCAGCUGUUCUGACCCACCCCCUAAGAAUGGCGGCCGUGACUGUCAGGGCCUGACAGUGCAGACGCACAGCUGCAAUGGGCAGCCCUGUGGCUCCAACGUGGACUUGCAGACAGGCUGCAGCAGCGGGAUGGUGCUGGUGACAGAGGGGGACUGCCGGGCUGGAAGGGCCACAGGGUGUCUGCGUACGUGCCUGGAACUUUCCUCUCCGAGCGACUGCCCCUCGCAGUGCAUCCCAGGAUGCCGCUGUCCAGCUGGUCAGUACGCACAAGAUGGCCGCUGUGUCAAGGCCAGUCAGUGUCUUUGCCACUGGGAUGGACGGGUUCUUCAGCCCGGGGAGAAUGUCCUGAAAGGGAACUGCAGCACGUGUCUCUGCCAGGACGGACAGGUCUUCUGCAGCAGCAGCCCCUGUGAGGCGGGCUGCUAUUGGUCGGCCUGGUCUACAUGGGCCCCAUGUGACAGCGCCCCCUGUGGAGUUGGUGUGCAGCAGCGGUACAGGUCGCCCCUGAUCCCAUCCAAUGGGACGGAGAGUCCCUCCUGCCCCGGGGACACCUCAGACGCCCGUCAGUGCUUUGUGCCCUGCCCCCCAGGUGACCAGCAGCACUGGGGCGAGUGGACGGCCUGGUCGCAGUGCAGUAAGACGUGCUUCCUGCAUGUGGACGACGUGGGCCUCAGGAGGCGAUUCCGCAGCUGCAACGGCACAGACGGGGGCUCCUGCGACGGCGACACUGAGGAACAGGAGCCCUGCAACACAGUUCUGUGUCCCGUCGCUGGUGCCUGGUCGCCCUGGUCCCCGUGGUCCUCCUGCUCGUCGGAGUGUGACUCCGGCUCUCAGACCAGGCAGCGUCUGUGUGACUCUCCCCCUCCCCAGUACGGGGGCGACGGCUGCCCCGGGCCGCAAAUCCAGACACGGGACUGCAACACUCAGCCCUGCUCAGGGGCGUGUCCUGAGGGCAUGAGCUACCUGAGCGUUGACCAAUGCCGGGCGCAGGGUGGGGCCUGUCCCCGCGUGUGCCUGGACCUGACGCCCUCCGCUGCGUGUGCCACCGACUGCUACGACGGCUGCUACUGCGCCCCUAGCCUCUACCUUCUCAACGGCUCCUGCGUGCCCCUGUCGGCGUGCCCCUGCUACCACCAGGGGGCGCUCUACUCCCCAGGCGCCAGCAUGUCACUGGAUGCCUGCAACAACUGCACCUGCAUUAACGGAGAGAUGGAUUGUGGGACAGCACCCUGCCCUGUGCACUGUGGCUGGAGCGCCUGGACACCGUGGAGCGCGUGCAGCCGGACCUGCGAUGUGGGCGUGAGGAGGCGCUACAGGUCACCCAGCAGUCCUGCUCCAGGCUUCGGGGGGCGCCCCUGCAAGGGCGGCCGGGUGGAGAUGGACACCUGUAGCCUGGAGCCUUGUCAGGGAGCCCGGCAGCCUUGGGGAGCGUGGUCCGAGUGUUCUGUGCCCUGUGGUGGGGGCUACAGGAACCGGACUCGUGGGCCGUCCAGAACCCAUGGCAUGAUGCAGCAGUUCAGCGCCUGCAAUGUGCACCCAUGCGGUAAUGAGUCUGGCUGCCCUGGGGAGCAGGAAUUGGUGGCCUGUGUCCGGCAUCCUGCUUCCUGUUCUGACCUCAGUACUGAAUUCGACAACAGCAGCUGCACCUCAGGCUGUCAGUGCCGGUCCGGCCUGCUCCUCCAGGACGGAAACUGUGUCUCCGCACCUCAGUGCCGCUGCUAUGUGGACAGUGAGCAGUUUGAGCCAGGAGACACCAUCACCCAGGGCUGCCGGAACUGCACCUGUGAGUCGGGGGUGCUGACUAACUGCACUGACCUCGACUGUGAUGUGGACGGCCUGUGGUCCGCAUGGACACCCUGGAGUGAUUGCAGCACCCCCUGUGGGCCGGGCCUGCAGUCCCGCUACCGCUUCUGCUCCAGUCCUCCCCGGUCCGGGCGGGGACUGCCCUGUCUCGGACCUGACCGUCAGGACCAGCUGUGCGUUCAAGCAACCUGUGACCGUGAUGGAGGUUGGGGUGAAUGGACCCCUUGGACGGAAUGUACCAAGUCAUGUGGCGGGGGUAUGCAGUCCCGUCAACGGGAAUGUGACAGCCCCACCCCCGAGGGGAAGGGUGACUUCUGUGAAGGCCCGGGCAGCGAGAUUCAAUCCUGUAACACCGAUCACUGCCCCGUGGCCCCCUGCACCGAGGUCCCCGGGACGGCUUUCAGCAGCUGUGGCCCCUCCUGUCCCCGGUCUUGCGAUGACCUGGCUAACGGGACAUCCUGCAUUCAGACUGAGGACUGCCCCUGUCUGGACAUGGCGACUGGUCAGCGACUGGUGCCGGGGGAAACUGUGCCAGCCCCCGAUGGCUGUAACAACUGUACCUGUGAGGGUGGGAGGAUCACCUGCACCCGCAAACCCUGUCCCGUGGCAGGAGGCUGGUGCGAGUGGUCCGGCUGGACGCCAUGCUCGCGGACGUGCGGGACGGAGUGGGUGUCCCGGUACCGUAGCUGUGGGUGCCCUGAGCCCAAGGCGGGCGGGCCAGCCUGCCCUGGGGAGCAGGAAGCCCAUGGUGGGAUGGGGGUGCAGAUCCAGAGGCAGCCCUGUCCCUCCGUCACCUUCUGUCCUGUCAACGGCUUUUGGGGGUCCUGGAGCCCCUGGACGCAGUGUGACGUGUGUGCGGGGGUGUCGACGCGCAGCCGUAUCUGCAGCAGCCCCCCGGCCCGCUUUGGUGGCCUGCCCUGCCCCGGGGAGACACGUCAGAGCCGGGGCUGCCAUGACAACGGCACCAUCUGUUCGGACUGCCCUGGGGGGCAGGAGGAAUGGCCGUGUGGAAAGCCCUGCCCGCGUUCUUGCUCUGAUCUCCACGGCGACACAGAGUGCGUCGACGUCCAGGGGUGUCAGCCCUCCUGCGGCUGCCCUGACGAGCUGCUCCUGCAGGACGGCCUCUGUGUGCGGCGGGACGAGUGUCGCUGCAAGUUCCCCAACAGCACCACUGGUGGGGUGGACUCAGCCAACGCCUCAUGGGCAUGGCCCGGCAUCUCCUCCUGGCACUUCAUGGACUCGGGGGAGACUAUUACCAGUGCCUGUAAAAACUGUACCUGUGAAGACGGUGUUGUGAAGUGUCAGUCAUUACCUGGUUGCCAUGUGGAUGGGGCUUGGAGCCAAUGGGGGGCUUGGACGCAGUGUUCCGCUCCAUGCGGGGGCGGAGUCAAGCUGCGAUUUCGGCAGUGUGAUAACCCCACCCCUCAGAAUGGGGGCAGGGGCUGUGCAGGGGUAGCGGAGCAAAGAAAGGACUGCAACAGCCAGCUCUGCACAGACUCGGGCCCCGGGUUCGACUGGUCGCCCUGGACAGCGUGCUCGGUCAGCUGCGGGGGUGGGGAGCAGUCACGAUCACGCACCUGCCGCUCGCCACCUUGCGAGGGUGUGAGGCGGCAGAGCAAGACCUGCAACACCCAGGUGUGCCUUGAGGUGGGAUGCCCCCCCGGCCGCCUGUACCGGGAGUGCGAGUGGGGGGAGGGCUGCCCUUUCAGCUGCGCCCAGGUCAGUGGGCGGGAGGGUUGCUAUAGUGACGGCUGUGACGAAGGCUGCCAUUGCCCGCCGCGCAUGUUCCUGCACCGCGGCUCCUGUGUGCAGGAGUGCCCUUGUGAGGUUAACCUGCAGCUCCUGUCUUUGCUGAGGAACGUGUCGGUGACGCCAGCUGCAAGCCCCGCCCCUCGAGAUUCUGAGGGGCAGAACCUGACGCUGGGGACAGAGCUACAGCCAGGAGUUGCACUGGCACAUGAGUGCAGCGCUUGCCAAUGCCAACAUGGUCAAUGGAACUGCUCACUCAUCCCUUGCCCACGUGAUGGGGGCCCAUCCCCUUGGGGUGCCUGGGGCCCCUGCUCGCUGUCCUGCGGCGGCCUGGGUCAGAAGUCUCGAACCCGGACCUGCAGCAACCCCGCCCCCGCACACGGAGGCAAGGACUGCGAGGGGCCACUGCAGGAGCAUGCUUACUGCCAGACCCCGGACUGUCCAGUGAUCCUCACUCCGACCGUCAAGCCCUCAGCUCCGGAUGAGAACGCUGGCUUCUCUCCGUGGUCCCUGUGGAGUGCUUGCUCUCGGUCAUGCAGCGACGCUCGCACCCCCGCCUGGAAGAGCCGGAGGCGGGAGUGUGUGAGACCACCUUGCUCUGGAGAGCAAAGCCAGGAGAUAGCCUGCAACCUACCCCAGUGUCCUGACGGGGGGCCUUGCUGGGAUGAAAACUGUGUCAGGAGGAACUGCUCAUGGACAGAGUGGGCGGACUGGGCUCCCUGCUCUCGCUCCUGCGGUGUUGGGCAGCAGCAGCGCAUCAGGACAUAUCUGGCCCCCGGCGGUAAUGGCUCCUGGUGCGAGGACAUCCUGGGGGGCCACAUGGAGAGCCGCUUCUGCAACAUCCGGGCCUGCAGAGUGGAUGGCAGCUGGUCCCGCUGGAGCCCCUGGUCACGCUGCGACAGCCUGUGCGGGGGUGGCCGUUCCAUCCGGACACGCUCCUGCACCAGUCCCCCUCCCAAAAACGGGGGACGCUCAUGCAAGGGGGACAGGAACCAGGUGAAACCCUGCAACACCAAGCCCUGUGAUGACCAGGGCUGCCCGCCGGGUCAGGAGUUUGCGCCCUGUGCCAAUGUGUGCCCACAGCGCUGCUCGGACUUGCAACAGGGCAUCCGGUGCCAGGAGGAUGGUGGGUGCCAACCCGGCUGCCGCUGCCCAGCAGGCCGGCUGCAGCAGGAUGGCGCCUGCGUACACGCAUGGCAGUGUGACUGCACCGACUCCCAGGGUCACAGCUGGGCCGCUGGCAGCUGGCACCAGGACGACUGCAACAACUGCAGCUGCGCAGACGGCCUCCUGUCCUGCACCAACUGGAGCUGUUCAGAGGCUCCCUGCUCCUGGAGCGCAUGGUCCGCCUGGGCGUCCUGCAGCGCCUCCUGCGGAUCUGGCCACAGGACCCGAUUCCGAUCAAUGGUCCCGGAACCUGAUGGUGCCGACUGCCAGUUCGAGGAAGUGCAGAGGAAACCGUGUGACCUAGGGCCAUGCCCACCCCUUUGUAUCCAUGACGACCAGGAGCUGAUUGUGGGUGACACGUGGCUCCAGGGGGAGUGUAAGCAAUGCACCUGCACCCCUGAGGGAGACUAUUGCCAGGAUGUCGAGUGUCAAGUGGACGGUGGGUGGACUCCCUGGUCCGUGUGGUCUGACUGCCCCGUGACCUGCGGCCGUGGGACCCGCAUCCGCACCCGCGCCUGCAUAAACCCCCCUCCUCGUAACAACGGCAUGUUCUGCCCCGGAGAUGAGAGGGAGACCCAGGAUUGCCACGCCCCUCCCUGUCUCGACGACUUUUGCCCCUGGUCUCGGUGGUCCUCCUGCUCUCGCACCUGCGGCGCUGGGGUCAUGUCUCGUCACAGGAGGUGCGUGUGUGCCGAGGGGGGCGAUGCCCCGUGCCCGGCGGAGCUGGAGGGGGCGCAGGAGGAAGAGGAGACCCGGCUGUGCUACAAACAGCCCUGCCCAGACUGCCCAAUGUCUGAGUGGAGCGAGUGGACGGCCUGCUCCUGCCAGUCUCAGAGGGAGCAACGUUAUCGUGCACCGCUCUCUGCUGCCAUCAGGGGGCAGCAGUGCCCAGAGCUUCAGACAGAGAGCAGGACUUGUCAACCUCAACAUUGCCUGGAGUGCAAGGAGCCAUUCCAGUACGCCGACUGCGGCUCUCCCUGUGAAAAGCUCUGUGCACUUCAAGGACACAAUGGGACAUGUGCCGGACCCCCGGCCUGCACACCUGGAUGCUACUGUCCUCAGGGCCUGCUUCAGCAGAACGGGACCUGUGUUCCCCCCGGGCAGUGUGGUUGCACGGUCUUGCUACACCAACUGCAUGGGAGGCCUGUUUCCAUCACCAUCCAGCAGGGGGAGACGGUGACCGUCGGCUGCAGCACCUGCCUGUGUCAGGAUGAAGGCCUGCAUUGUGACAGCCGCGAGUGUGAGGUAUCCCUCAGUGAGUGGUCAGAAUGGACUCCUUGCUCCCCCUGUGUGCUGCCACCCACCACACAUGCCACCAUGGCCCUCUUGGAUGCCGUGCGGCCGCUGUCCUUCCAGCGCCGGUACCGCGCCUGUCUGGACCUGGACUCCGGGUUGCCCAUCAGCAAGGAAGAGGAGGGCAGCUGUGGCGCGGAGCUGGAGGAGGAGAGGCCAUGUCCGGACCCCGCUGUCUGUCUGGAUGUGUGCCAGUGGAGCGUUUGGGGCCCCUGGAGGGCCUGCCAGGAGCCCUGCAGCGGGGGCUUCCGUCAGCGUCACAGGACACGCCAGGACAUCCCCGUGGGGCCCCAGUGUCGGGGUCAGCAAUCCCAGACUGAGAGCUGCAACACCGGCCUCUGCCCAGGUGAGAGGUGCGAGGACAGAGGUCGCAUAUAUGAGGAGUCCUGCGCCAACCAGUGUCCUCGGAGCUGCACGGACCUCUGGGAGCAUGUGCAGUGUCUGCAGGGGGCCUGUCAGCCAGGUUGCCGAUGCCCUGACAGCUGGCUCACACAGGACGGACAAUGUGUCCCCGAGUCCGAGUGCCGCUGUGGCAUCCCUAUGGAAAAUGGCACCCUGGAGAUCUUGCCUGGAGAGGUCGUCAUGAUAGACUGCAACAACUGUACAUGCGAGAAUGGCUCCCUGGCUUGCAGUGACCUGCCCUGCCCUGUGUAUGGAUCAUGGGGGCCCUGGGGCAGCUGCUCUUCCUCUUGCGGGUUUGGAUACCAGAACCGCAGCCGCACGUGCCGGCAUACAGCCGGCGGACCACCGUGCGAGGAAAUGAACCAGACCCAGCUCUGUCUCCUGCCCUCCUGUCCAGUGGGUUGCGUGCUCAGCGAUUGGUCCUCCUGGAGCACAUGCAGCGCCUCCUGUGGAGGAGGCGUGUCAGUGCGGAACAAGACCGUCCUGCAGGAGCCCCAGCCUGGUGGAGAGGAUUGUUCCUCCCCUUUGGAGCAGCACACUGCCUGUAAUACACAAAGCUGCCUGCCAGAAUGCACCGGAGGCCAGGUGUUCAGCGCGUGUGCAGGCGUCUGCCCCUACACGUGUGAGGACCUGUGGCCUGAGACUCAGUGUGUGCCAGGGCCCUGCCAACCAGGCUGCACCUGCCCGCCCGGCAAGGUCCUGCUUGAGGGAUCCUGCGUUCCUCACAAGGAGUGUCCCUGCUCCUCAUUCUCACUCCAUGGGCCCCUAAACCUGAGCUCAGAGGAGCAGAAACAGGAGCUUCCUCCUGGGAUGGUCCUUCAGCAUCUCUGUAACACCUGCGUUUGCCAGGGCGGCGUGUUUAACUGCACUGAAGACACCUGCGAUGUGGACUGCGAGUGGGACACCUGGUCUGAAUGGGGGCCCUGCUCUGCAACCUGCGACUUGGGGGUGCAGAGCUCUGAGAGGGCGGAGCUGAGGGCCCGGCAGUACGGGGGGGCGGAGUGUCAGGGGCCCUCAGUGCGCUCCCGGCCAUGCUCGGGGCCUGACUGCGCAUGCCCCCCAGGAGAGCGCUGGAGGAGGAGCGGUCCGGGGGCACCAUCCCACUGUGAGAGGAGCUGUGCCGAGAUUUACGAGGCCACGCCCCCUAGCUGCGGCGGCCCAGGGGUGGGGGUUGGGGGGGGCUGUGUGUGCCAGGAGGGUCUAUACCGCGGCAGUGGCGGCGAGUGCGUGAUCGCCGCGCUUUGCGAGUGCCAGGAGGCCGGGACGUUCCGAGAGGCAGGAUCAGAGUGGGCAGAGGGAUGCCAGUCGUGCCGCUGUGUGAACGGGCAGAAGCAGUGCCACUCUGCCUGCCCCCCCCUGCACUGUGAGGAGGGGAAAGUGAAGAUUCUGGAACCAGGAAGCUGCUGUCCAGUGUGCAGGAUGGAGUUUCCUGGGGAACUUGAGGCGCAAUGUCGGCGCGUCACCGAGGUCAGGAAUAUCACCAAGGGCAACUGUCGCCUGGACAACGUGGAAGUCAGCUACUGCAGGGGCCGCUGUCUGUCUGGGACGGAUGUCAUUCUGGAGGAGCCCUAUCUGCAGGCUUCCUGCGACUGCUGCAGCUAUCGGCUGGACCCCCGGAGCCCCGUGCGCUUCCUCAGCCUGCAGUGCGACAGCGGGGAGACUGAGCCGGUGGUGCUUCCUGUCAUCCACAGCUGCGAGUGCACCAGCUGUCAGGGUGGGGACUUGUCCAGACGCUGAUCUCACUUGGGAUGAAGGGACAUUCCUGGACAGCCAGAGAGCCCUCUGCCUCUUUCCUGAGUCUGAAGAUGAAGAUUCACCGUAGCAUGUAGUCAUUAUAUGACUGGAUUCCCUUGUUAUAGAGUGCUUUAUGAAACUCACUGAAGUUGUUAUU